AUGAGAUUUCCAGUCAUUACAUUUAACGUUGUGCUUAUAAUUUUGACCCAACUUAUGAAAAACUUCGGCAAAACAUUUUUGUCUACAUGUGGCGCAACGCAGGUCGUAAAAAAUGUGUCCCACCAGAGGGGAUGUAAAAGAAUAUUUCAUUUUUUAACCACACAGAGUAGUUUUAAGCAGGGGUCUAAAUUAUUUAUGACCAAGAAGUUUAAGUACAAAUAUAAAAACUCUCUGGAAAGAAGAAUACGAAAGGGAAGAAUAAGAAAUGAAAUAAAUCAGAAAUUAAAAAAAAAAAAUAGUGCCUACAUAAUGAUAACUGAAAAGUUAAGCAAAUUAGAUCCUGAACAGAAAUACUUUAAGUACGACAAAAAUAUAUUAAAGGAAUAUGAAAAUAUUAAGGAUAUUUACAAAAAUAAAAAGUUAGGACGUAAAUUUAACCAGUUCGAUUAUUGGUAUUCGUCUAAAAAGAAAGAGGCCAAGUAUAACUAUAGUAGACAUGUAAAUUUUACCAUCACGGAGAAUAAGUUUAAUUUUAAAAAUGUCUUUUCGUACUUUCACAUACUAGAGAUUGUGCAUGAGAAAUUUAAAAACAACGCUUUUUAUAUUAACGGGCUGCAGUCCUUUAUUAAUAAGUACUACGACCCGAUUACUCAGAAACGGAUUAAGUACUACGACAAAAUUAGGGAACAACUUGAGCUGAGAAAGAAAAAUGGAGGGGAUAAAACUGAAGAGACUCAUCAGAAGGAGGGGGAUUCUGUGGAUGAUGGCUAUACAGGGGAAGUAAAACAGAAUUAUGUAGCUCCGACGCGUGGCUCAUCAAAGAAGGAGGUGAAAAAUGGUCAGUCUUCUCAAGAAGGUACACUAAAAAGUGAGGAUAAAAUGGAGUGCACCAAGAUGCAAGCGAAAAAAGACACAUUGACAUCGAAAAAGGAAUUCUUCGAGAUGAUACAAAAGAACCUCAGCGAAUUUGAAUAUUCAAAUGAAGUAAGUGAAGAUUCGUCGUUUAAACUUUUCGGUUCGUCUACAAGUUGCCUUCUAAAGAAAAAUGGCCCAAUCGCCUAUGACAUAAAGAACCCCUUCAUGAAGUCAAAGAUGUCAUCAAAGAGGAGGAGGUUUAAAGAGAGGAAGCUCUUCGAUAUUAUCAACUUUAAGUGCAAGAAUAGAAGGGAACGGCUAAUGCAAACCGCCGUGCGGAAAUUGGCCAAGAGGAAAAUGAAGGACGAAAAGUAUAUUUUGGACCCAAUGGAGCCUGCUUAA